AGAAAUAUAUAAUAAACAAAUUUUAACAGCUGAAAAUUCACUUCAAAAUAUCGAUACUUUAGUUGACGUUGAAACAAAACGAAAAAAAUUAUUUAAUGAUUGUUAUGAUAUUCUUUCAUCUUUUUUAAAUUUUUAUUAUUUACAUACAAUAGAUCCACUUGAUGAAAAAAUUUUACUUGAUUAUACAAAAGAAUUUGAUAAAAAAUUAAAGGCUGAUAUGAACUUAUUAAACGUUUUGCCUCCAUUCACUUUAGUACAUACAAGUGCAUAUGUUCGUCAAAUAAUCGAUUUUAUUUUUCAACUUAUUUACUAUGGUUAUGCAUAUGUAUCAAAUUCAUCAGUUUAUUUUGAUACAUUAAAUUUUAAAAAACAAUUUUUACAUGACAAAUUAAAACUCGAUCGAUUACAUAAUAUUACUGUUUUAUGUGAACGUGAAGAAGCAUUAGCAACAAAAAAAAUUAAUAAUGAAGCAAAGAAAAAUAAAUCUGAUUUUCUUCUUUGGAAGAAAACCGAGCCAGGUGAACUUUCCUGGCCGUCCACAUGGGGUCAUGGCCGACCCCAAUGUUUAAGUCAAUGUAUUACUAUUGCUGAUUUAAUAUUUCAAUGGAACAUUGAUAUUCAUAUAAGUAGUUCUGAUGAUCAAUUUGCACUUAAAUAUGAUGAAAUUCUUCAACUUCAAUGUUUUAUUGAUCGAGAUUCGGAAAUUAAGCAUUUUUUAACUGUUGGUGAUUUAACAAUAAAUGAAAAAAAAAUCUCAACAGUUUUUAAUAAUUCGAUUACAAUUGAAGAAGCGUGCAUGAAAUACAGUUCAAAAUAUAUACGUUUAUUUUGUCUAUUAAAUCCAUGGUGGUCUACUAUUGAUUUAAAUGAAAAUACCAUGCAACUGGCCGUGGAUUAUGACCCAAUGCUUGUGACAUUUUUUAAUAACUUAAAAAUACAUUUACAAUCAUCAACAUUAAAUAUUGAUUUAAAUAAAAAAAACCUGGACGAACGUGAUACACAUAUUAACACGCUGGAUGUGAUGAAUAUAAUUCGUAAAUUAAUUGAAAAAACAAACGAUUGUUUAUGGGCUGCAAAUGGAAAUUUAAAUUGGGAUUUUUUAUUAGGUGUUAAAAACGCAAUAUUACCUGUACUAGAAAUAUUUGGUUUAACACCAUCCUAUUGUUUAUUAGCAUGUCGAUCAACAUCAUCACAUUCAGAUAUUUUAACAUAA